UGACUCGAGUUCAUCAUAUCUUAAUCAACAUAGUUCUCAAUUAACUCUUUUUUAUUACUAUUCUAUAACCUCUUGACCAAAAAUUGUUGAUCAAAAAUUUAUUUUCUUCAUCAUUAUUCUUGUUAACUCAGUUAAAAGAUACCAAACCAAAUGCAAUUAUUAAUAAUCAUGAUUGAUGAAAAUCAAAUCAGAUUAUCUAACAAUUUCUAUUGGGAAAAUAAGCAAUAUUAACUUAAUUUCUCUUAAUUAUCCAAAAUGAUCAUCAAUUUUUAUUAUUAACUCCUUGACAAUCUCAUCCAUCCUCUCAAAUUUAAUGAAUAUUUUUUUGUAUAACUGAUCACUUACAUCAUUUUUUACAAGUUUUCACCCUGUAAUCAUCAAUAGUUAUCACACUUUUGUUGUUUUUAAUUAGUUUUUUCUUCAAAAAAAAAACGUAAAGGAAGACAAAGUGUGAGUUGUGGUAAAAUGCGCAGAGAAAAAGGAUUCAAAUAAAGUUGGCGAUAAAUCAUGAAUGGAGACUCAGGAGUUUGGAUGCUGCCAGAAUAUUAUCUUGUUUUUACGAUGAUUCAAGUGAUUCAAUGUUCAUCUUGCAAGAAAAGAAGGAGGAAAAUGUUGAAACGAGUUACUGAUUUAUAUGGAAUCCAAGUUAUCAAAUUGUACAUUAUUUCAUAUUCACUGUGAAUGGAAAUUGUAACUGAAUCAACUCACUUCAACUAUUCAUACAUCUAAAAUAAUGGGAACAAAUGGAUCAGAUAUAUCAUCUAUUUCAUCACCACAAACACUACCAACAAGUCUUAUCACCUCAUCAACUUCAUCAUUAUUUCAAUCAACGAUUUCCGUUAGUCCAGCGAGUUUGAUUGUGACCACUCCACCUUCUCCAGUAGCAAAUAAUGUUUAUUCUUUGAGCCGAGCGAUUGUCGGAGAUCCACCGGGCGAUGAGAUGUCCAAUGAGGCCGCUUUAUUUUACGACGCUUAUCUUAAGCCCUAUUAUCAAGAAUAUCUUCAAUUUGAAGUGGUCAUUCUGUCACUCUUACUAAUCUUCGGUUCUAUUACAAAUGGCCUGGCACUUUGUCAUAUCAGCUUUAGAUCACAAAUCAAAUCAGGAUCAAACAUCCUUCUGUUAAAUCUUAUUGUCGUCGAUUUUGCAGUUCUUUUCUUCGUUAUCGCUCCACAAAUCGCUUGGUGUAAGGCCAUUUCUUGGGAAAUUGGCUCGUUCUUCUGUAAAUUACAUCAAACGCUUAAAUAUUUUAGCCUUUUCGCAUCUUCAUUCAUGGUUGUUUGUAUAUCUUACAACCGCUACUAUCUACUCAAAGAGCCUCAUAUUUUCCAGAAGGAAAAACAAAGAGCUUAUCGAAUGCUCAAAAUCACUUAUAUCUCAGCUAUAAUUCUCAGCAUUCCCCAGGCCAUAAUUUACGAUGUUGUCACCAAUCCAACUCAUAAUUUUCAACAAUGUGUCGGAUUCAUUUUCUUCACAGCAGAAUGGGAAUUGAGAGCCUACAACUUUUACAGUUUACUCGGAAUGUACCUGAUACCAUUGAAAUUGAUCAUUCUACUUUAUUCAAAGAUAAUCGCCUCACUUAAUUUAGAUAAAUACGUUGUCGCUCGAAUGAGUAAAUCAGCUUCGAGUGAGGAACGAUUGUCUCAGAAAACCAAUUGUAUGCUCAAAACUAAACGUAAAGCUAUAAGCACUUUCCUUGCGGUCACUAUUUCAUUCAUCGUUUGCUGGACUCCUUAUGCCUUUAUUGUACUUUGGCAGAUAUUCAGUGGUCAAGAGGAGAUAAUCAAUCCAAUUGUAACCAGUUUAAUGUACAUAAUCGCCCUUGCCCUGCCCAUACUUAACCCGAUGGUCAAUUCAUUUCACGCUUACACAUUUCUAUUUGUCUGGAAAAGAUCAGGAUCAACCAGUCAACUGGUCAAUCGUUUAGUCCCACUUAGAGGUCGUUCUAAUACAUCAGAUCUAAAGCCGAUCAACUGCUCAAACGACAAGGCUUUUAUUAUGAAAUGAACAAUUAACAAGGAAUCAAUUUAAUCAACAUCAAGUAAACAUCAGCUACACACAUGAAAUGGGACUUAAUUGUUUCGCUGAUUACUGAUUCAAUUACACACAAAAUCAAUGGUUUGUACAAUCAACAUGUUAUUAAAAGACCAUUUUGAAUAUUUUGGUUGAGUUGAUUGUAAAUCAUAAGAAUCUCAACUGCUAAAUUCAAUUGUGUUAAUAUUUACCACGAGACUUGAAUUUGAUUAAAUCAAAAUAAAUUUAAUGAUCACAAUUAUACAACAAAUGUAUUAAAUAAAUAACAUUAUCUAUCUUUCAAA